GCGCGAAGCCCUUCCCUGCUGUCGGGCUCUGGGGCUCCCGCCCGCCGAUUUCCAGUCGUCAGGGUCACGCCACUCGCUGGACGCCCUGAACUCCGUGUCCCCCAAGCCCCGGGCCCCCUGCGGGAAUGUUCAAAAAUGAGUACCAGGGAGGUGCAUUUGUUGAAAUCUUUAGUGCUCAGGGCAAAAAUCCUGGAGCAAAAUGGAAGAUCCUUGGCAGUCCGUCUGUGAUUUGGAAAGAGUUUGAUAAAGAAGUUAAAAGUUUUGUGUUUGUCCUGGAAGGCAGCAGCCAAACAAACAAAAUUCAAUUACCAAAGGAGAAUAAGCAAAUCCUUGGACUGAUCCAGAGGUUUCUUGUACUUCAGAUUUACAUACCCCUGGGACAAGACUUCUCCACCGAAUUGCUGUAA